AUGUCUGUCCUUCCCGACGAGGUCCACCAGGCCCUCAAUCAGCUCCUACAAGGACUUCAGGCCACCGACAACACCGUCCGAUCAAGUGCCGAAGAGCAGCUUAACACAGAAUGGGUGACGCAGCGACCCGAUGUGCUCCUGAUGGGCUUGGCGGAGCAAAUGGCCGGCUCUCAAGAUGAAGGCACGCGAUCCUUCUCCGCCGUCAUCUUCCGCCGAAUAGCCACGCGAACCACGAAAGAAGCCUCGACAGGCGAAAACAAAGAGGUCUUCCUCCAGCUGAACCACCCCUCCAAGACCCAGAUAAGAGGCAAGUUAUUGGAGUGCUACGCGCGCGAACCGGCAAAGUCGGUUCGGCACAAGAUAGCGGAUGCCGUUGCAGAGGUCGCGAGGCAGUACACAGACGAGCAGAUCCUCAACCCAGACGGCUCGAGAGAUACCUGGCCCGAGCUGCUCAGCGCGCUCUACCAAGCCAGCCAGUCGGGAGAUGCUUCUCUCCGCGAAUCGGCCUUCCGUAUCUUCGAGACCACGCCAGGCAUUAUCGAGAAGCAGCAUGAAGAUGUCAUUACAACUGUGUUCCAGAAGGGCAUCAAGGAUGAGGACAUCUCAGUGAGGAUCGCCACCAUGACAGCCUUCUCCUCUUUCUUCCAGUCUCUCAACAAGAAGGCACAGCCGAAGUACCACGGCCUGAUUCCGGAAAUACUUGGCACGCUUGUGCCAUUGAAAGAGGCGCACGAGUCUGAACUCCUCACCAAGGCUCUCAUGGCUGUGAUUGAAGUGGCUGAAGUUGCGUCCAAGGCCUUUAGGGUAGUCUUUGGACCACUUGUGCAGAUCUGCAUAGAAAUGAUCCGGGAUAAGGAGCUGGACGAUCAGGCACGGCAGAAUGCUUUGGAACUGAUGGCCACGUUUGCCGACUACAACCCCAAGAUGUGCAAGAGCGAUAAGAACUACAUCAAUGAUAUGGUGACACAGUGUCUGGCUAUGAUGGCGGAUGUUGGCAUUGAUGACGAUGAUGCCGAGGAAUGGUGCGCUCAGGAGGAUAUCGACUUUGACGAGAGCGACUCGAACCACGUUGCAGGUGAACAGACCAUGGACCGUCUGGCCAACAAGAUCGGUGGGAAAGACUUGCUUCCGCCGACUUUCACCUGGCUGCCAAGGAUGUUGCAGUCAAGCGCCUGGAGAGACAAGCACGCAUCUCUGAUGUGUAUAUCAGCCAUAUCAGAGGGAUGUGCCGAGAUUAUGGAGGGAGAGCUCACCCAAGUUCUCCAACUGCUCAUGCCCACGCUAUCCGACGCACACCCUCGAGUGAGAUGGGCUGCAUGCAACGCACUGGGACAGAUGAGCACGGACUUCAAGGGCACGAUGCAAACCAAGUUCCACAGUGUCGUGUUGCCAGCACUCAUCGAGACGUUGACCGCCCCAGAGCCACGAGUGCAGUCGCAUGCUGCAGCUGCCCUUGUGAACUUCUGUGAGGAGGCUGAGAAAGAGAUCCUCGAGCCAUACCUGGACAGCCUUCUCACGAACCUGAUGCAGCUCCUCCGCAGCCCCAAGAGAUUUGUUCAGGAGCAGGCUUUGUCGACCAUUGCCACUGUCGCCGACUCCGCUGAGAGCACAUUUGGCAAAUGGUAUCCAGAGCUCAUGCCAGCGCUCUUCGGCGUGCUGCAGGAGCCUAAUGAGCGCGACAAGCGACUUCUCAGAGCCAAGGCCAUGGAAUGCGCUACGUUGAUCGCUUUGGCGGUUGGUAAGGAGCGCAUGGGCCAGGACGCUCUGAACCUUGUCCAGAUUCUUGCGAAUGUCCAGGCCAACAUCGUCGACGACGAUGAUCCUCAAGAGAGCUAUCUUCUGCACUGCUGGGGCCGCAUGUGCCGUGUGCUGGGUCAGGAUUUUGUUCCAUACCUUCAGACCGUCAUGCCGCCUCUCAUGAAGCUUGCACAAGCCAAGGCCGAUAUUCAACUUCUGGACGAUGAGGAGAACGUGGCCCAGAUAGAACAAGAGGAAGGCUGGGAGCUUGUGCCCCUCAAGGGCAAGUAUAUUGGCAUCAAGACCAGCACUCUUGACGACAAGUUCAUGGCUAUUGAGCUCAUCACCAUCUACGCCCAAAACCUCGAGUCCGGCUUCUCCCCCUACGUCCUCGAGAUUAUGGAGAAAGUCGCAAUUCCCGGCCUGGCUUUCUUCUUCCACGACCCUGUGCGAGUGGCAUCUGCCAAAGCUGUGCCGCAGUUGCUGAACUCGUUCAAGCUGGCAUAUAACGUCAACUCGCCCGACUAUCUCAACCUGUGGAAGUCCACCAUUGAGAAAGUGCUUGAAGUACUCGAGACUGAGCCGGCCAUCGAGACGCUCGCAGAGAUGUAUCAAUGCUUCUACGAGUCUGUUGAAGUUUCUGGGAAGGACUGCCUGUCCAACGACCACAUGAGCGUUUUCAUCACCUCUGCUGAGAGCGUACUCAAGGACUAUCAGCAGCGUGUCCAGGAACGUGCUGAAGAAGCCGGAGAACGCGAAGAUGGCGAGGAGCCUGGUGAGGACUACGAGUUUGCGGUUGAGGACGACCAGACCCUGCUGUCAGACAUGAACAAGGCCUUCCACACGAUCUUCAAGAAUCAAGGACAGAGCUUCUUGCCUCACUGGGAGCGACUCAUCAACUACUACGACACGUUUGUCCAUAACCAAGAUCCAACCCAGCGACAGUGGGCCUUGUGUAUCUUUGAUGACGUCCUCGAAUUCUGCGGCCCAGCUUCGUGGAACUACUACACCCACAUCGCUCAACCGCUCGUCGACGGCAUGCGGGAUGACCAGGCCGCAAACCGACAAGCUGCUUGCUACGGUGUUGGUGUCGCCGCUCACAAGGGUGGCGAAGCAUGGGCCGAUUUUGCCGCUGGCAGUCUUCAAAUGCUCUUUGACGUUACUAGGAGACCGAAUGCACGAAGCGACGACGAUGCCUUCGCAACAGAGAAUGCCUGCGCUAGCAUCGCCAAGGUGCUCCACUUCAACAGCUCGAAGGUGCCAAACGCUAAUGAUGUUGCUGCUGCUUGGGUCGACACGUUGCCUGUGGUCAACGACGAGGAGGCCGCGCCGUAUGCGUACUCUUUCCUCGCCCAGCUCAUUGACCAACAAAAUCCCGCAGUCUUAUCCAAAGCAGCACAAUGCUUCGGAUUCAUUGCACAGGCCCUAGAAGCGGAAACCCUUCAAGGCCAAAUGGCACAGCGCAUCGUCGAGGCAGGCAAGAAGCUCAUCGCCACCGCCGGGCUAGAUGCCAAUCAGGUCCUGGCGAAUCUGCCCCCCGAGACGCAGAACACGGUGCGGGCGUUCUUUGGCUAG